CUUCACCCUUUUUAUCUUCGGGUCGAAUAUCGGUGGACCCUUCUCUAUAAGCACAAUUUUUUCAUUGCCGUAGCUUCAAACUACACGAACGGUAAUGUGUGGCCGAAGAUAAACAAGGUCGAGCGUCCAUUCGCGAUUCGCGUAUCGCUUCAAUUGCUAUCGCUGGCGCAAUCAUUUGUUCCGGUCAGCAUCCACAUGUGCGCUCGCGUGCCGUCCCGUCCCCAUGACGAGGAGCCGCACAAACAAUCCUCGAUCGCGCUCGAGGACGGUCUUAUCAGCGCUAAAGGCGAGCGAUAUGCCAGAAACGUCUAUCUUGUCGAAACGGAAUCCGAGCCAACGACUCGCCACCGCCGUCGUGGCCGCCACCAAGUUGCCCAGAUGCGUGCAACGUAAGCUGCCCUGCGUCCAGGCGCCCGUAAAAUGCCACCCGCGACCGAGCCCGUACCGAUGUGCCGACCAACGCGUGCUCAAGAGGCCCUACCGAUUGGCGGUCGGAUUGUCGGUGACUAGUCAGACCGGCAAACCACCGACACCGGUCGCCACCGCCAAGGAUCGCGCCGACCGCAGCCCUGCUAGCUUCUUGGCUAUCGGCACACCACGCUACAAGAAGAAGAGCCUGUCCAUGACGGAUUUGUCGCUGCCCGUCGUCGAGGGCGACAUCGGUGACCUCAAGUCGGAGAGUGGCUCCACCGAUGAAGCUAACGACAAGUCCAAAGAUCUCUUGGCGAGCAGCGGGAGCGCCUACUACAGCGGCAGGUCGUGGACGGAUGUUACGCCUUCGUCGGAAUCUGAGCAAGGCGAAGUCGGUCCGGCGGAAGAUCCGACGGCCAGGGCAGCGAAUGUGGUGUGUCGCGUGCUGUUGCUGAACGCCUGGAGACGUAGACGCACCGAGAUCGCACAGCUGGAGCAACAGGUGGAGCACCUGCACCUCCAGAUCGAGUUCCUGCGCCGAUUGUUGCUCGCCGAGAACGAGCGGGUCGGCAGGUUGAACGGCGAACUGCAUCGCGAGAAGUCGCAGCUGGAGGAGACGAUAUUGGAGCGCGACAGCAUCAAAUCGGAGAAGCAGAAGCUGAAGGACGAGCUGAGGCGCGCCGAAGAGGUCUCUCAAGAGCGGUCGGUCACCAUGGGGAACCUGAGGAACGAGCUGGUGACCGCGCAGGAUCAGCUGAAGACGCUCGACGUGCAAAUGACGAGGGAUCGAGAGAAACUUCUGAAGCUGCGCGAGGACAAGAGAAUUCUUCUGGAAAAGAUAUCCGUCAGCGAGGUGUUAGCAGCAGAUCGUGGUGCGCGAGCGGAGAAAGCGGAAUCCGCCCUCGAGGAGCUUCAGAUACGUUUAGCGACGCAGAUGGCCCUCGUGGAUUCCGCCCAGGAGAAGCUGCAACGCACCUCCAAAGAGUUGCAGACCACGGAGAUGGAGAGGCAGCGAUUAGAGAAACGUUUAAAGACCAGCGAGAGCAACGGCAGGGCUUUGAGCUUGCGCGCGACCUCUCUGGAGAGUCAGCUGGCUGAUCGAGAAGUCGCGUUGCGUCGCCUCGAAUCGGAAUACAACUCGCAAGUGACGGAAUUAAGCGAACUGAAAGAGCGACUAUUGCAACAAUCGCAAGAGGGUGGCUGGAGCAACUGGGUAAUGCAAUUCGCCGGCAGCUUUAUGCGCGCGUCAAUCUUGCGGACCUUCGCGUUCUUGUCCAGCGCCGCUCUACCGCCGUAG